AUGGGCCUAUUGACUAUUAUCAGGAAGAAUCGUCAAAAAGAGAAAGAGAUGCGUAUCCUGUUUUUAGGACUCGACAAUGCAGGCAAGACGACCAUCUUGAAAAAGCUCAACGGGGAGGAUAUAAUGGGGAUCAGUCCCACCCUAGGCUUCAACAUCAAAACUUUUAUGCACGGAAAAUACACCCUUAACGUCUGGGAUGUCGGGGGUCAGCGAACACUGCGACCCUACUGGCGGAAUUAUUUCGAGCAAACCGACGCGAUAGUCUGGGUCGUCGACUCCGUCGAUCGUAUGCGCAUGGAAGAUUGCAAAGCAGAGCUUCACAGCCUUCUGCUUGAAGACAGGCUAUCCGGCGCAUCCCUAUUGAUCUUAGCAAACAAACAGGAUAUCCAAGGUUCCAUGUCGACACUGGAGACACAAAAUGCCCUGAAUUUGCCCUCUAUCAGGUCACACAACUGGAAAAUCAUGCCUUGCAGUGCCCUCACCGGGGAAAACCUAGUCGAAGGGUUGGAUUGGGUGGUCGAUGACGUUGCGCAAAGAAUAUAUUACAGCGCCACCAGCGACUCUAAUCGUUGA